CCCACAUAACAAAUAUACUUAAGAGAGAAAAAAAAAAUAAAGAAUGACACUAGGAGGAUAUCUCUCUGUUGAGUUUGAUAUCAAGUCUUCGGCGAAUAGAUUCUGUCAAGGUUACAUGGCGAUAGCGAAACCCACAAGAGACCAAGUUUCGACUGAGGAGAUAGAGGUUGAUCUACCUUCGGGGAAGAGAAAGGUUAAGCUAAGAAUGGAGGGCUUUCAGAUCUCGGAGUGGUUCAAGACGCUGGCAAAACCUGAUCUCAUCGACAGUAAUAGUGAUGAUGAUGAUGAAGAAGAGGCCAACUCGCGAAACCCAGAUUACUACAAUAAGCUCGAAGGAACCAUGAGCGUCAUUCACACGGAAGGCUGUGACGGUGGCCGAGCAUACUGGACCAUACAGUAUGAGAAGGUUAGCGAUGACAUCAAGGACCCACGUUUCAUCGUCGACACUACUGCAAGAUACUUUCAGGCGAUGGAUGAGAGAAUCUUCUCAAAAUCCUCAGAAUGAUCUGAAACAGAGUACGUGGAACGUACGUGGAACGUAACCCCAUAUAUAUAUAUAUAUUUAUAUAUCGAUCAUACAGUUUAUAAUAAUUUAUGAUACUAGUUAUCGUUUAAUUAUGGUUGGCAUAUAGGAAGUAUUUGCUCUUGAAGCGUCCAAGAUGCAUAAUUAACAUAUCGAUCUGCAUGUUAUUGUUGUAUCGACGAUAUAAAUUUAUAAUAAAAGGGAUGAUUUAUUAAU